GUGAAACGAAUUCUGACUCGCGUUCAAACUGGUAUCAGGGGUGUUCCGUUAUUAUUGCUCUUCUUCGCAUCCUACUGACGAGAUGCGUGACGAGGUGACUUCAAAUUCGAACUGCGCCAUGAAUGAGCAAAAAUAAAACGCUCCCAGUACCGAUCCAGACGUCUGCGGGAGUGAAUGGUUCUGAGCAUAAAGACGACCUUCUCUGGGCUUAAGAGGUGGUUCGCGAUGAAGGCGCUAAAACAUUAUAUGGGACCACUUACGGUGAAGGUGGUGUUGAUGCAUCUGUUGCUGCUGCUACAUACGACGCACGGUCAGCAUGAAGAAAGUCGACUGGUUUGCUACUUUACGAACUGGUCCCCGGACAGGGCCGGUGAAUACGCGUUCAAUGUCAAUGACAUACCGGUCGACCUCUGCACCCAUCUCACGUACACGUUUGCCGGUGUGGACGAGCAUACGUUCGAGCUGAAGCCCACCAACCGGAAGUUCGACAUUCUUGAGCAAGGGUACGAGAAGUUUGCCAACCUGAAGAAAGAGCACCCGGAGUUGAGGCUUUCGCUAGCGGUCGGUGGAUGGGCGCACGGUGCGGAACCGUUCCAAAAGAUGGCUGCCACACUGAAUGGGCGUGAAAUAUUUAUUACGAGUGUGAUUGAAUUUUUGAAGCGCUACGACUUCGAUGGUAUCGAAAUUGUGUGGCUAUGGCCGGGUAGUCCGGAACGUGGUGGAACAACCAGUGAUAAGGACAAUCUGUAUUUGCUAAUAUCAGAGCUAAAGAGUGCGUUCCGGGAGGUGGGAAAUGAUCAUUGGGAUGUGGUCGUGCAAGUCCCGAUCGAUCGGUACCGGAUCGAUCUUGGCUAUCAUCAGAGUCAGCUGUGCAGAGUGGCCGACUAUUUGUACGUGACCGGGUACGAUCUUCGUGGUUCGUGGAAUGGAUACACCGAUGUGCACAGCCCCAUGAACAAUCGUCUGUUCGAUACUGGCGCCCUGAUGAAUUUAAACGUUAAGGGAGGCGUACAGCAAUGGAUGAAGAGUGGUUGCCCGGCGAAAAAGAUCGUACUAGGUGUGCCACUGUUUGGACGGACGUACACGCUGGAAAGUAGUGCAGCGCAUGGACUGAUGGCACCGAUCACUGGACCUGGAACGCCUGGACCAUACACGGCGGAAGGUGGCUACCGGGGUUACUUUGAAAUUUGUGAGGAAAUGAAACAAUCCGAAUGGACGUCCGACUGGGACGAACGGGGCCAAUGCCCGUUCGCGUAUCGGGACAAUCAGUGGGUCGGUUAUGAGAAUGAAAUUUCCCUCGCAGAGAAAGCCAACUAUGCCAAGUUCCAGAAAUUGGCCGGUGUGUAUGCAUUCUCUCUAGAUCUGGACGAUUACAAGGGCAAAUGCGGUGCUCGGUAUCCGUUGUUAACGGCGCUGCGCGAUGCGUACAAGCCGAAAAAAUUAUGCGCAAAGGAUGAAGGAGAUGAUUUUGCCAUUUUCCGUGAACCGUGUGACUUAGUUUUCCAAUUCACCCGGCUUUACGUGGACGUUGUCGAAACACGUUUCGUUUGUCACUAUACGACAUGGUCGCGCGAUCGCCCGGACGACGGUUCGUUCCAGAUCAAUGACAUCCCGGGCAAUCUCUGUUCGCACGUCGUGUACAACUUCCUGGGUGUUAAUGAAACCUCGUACGAGCUGGAACUGCUGCAACCAGAGUACGAUAUCGGCGAGCGUGGUUUGGAACGUUUCGCCGCAUUGAAAGAUCAGUUUCCGCACCUGAAGCUACUGAUUGCGGUCGGUGGAUGGGCGCACGGUGGUGCGAAGUUUAGUGAGAUGGCAAAGUUUCGCACUCGGCGUAACCAAUUCAUCGGAAGUGUGAUGAAGUUCCUGCAUCAGUACCGGCUCGAUGGCAUUGAGCUGGUAUGGUUGUAUCCGGGUAACUUCGAUCGUGGCGGUGCGGUAGAAGACAAGGACACCUUUCUGUACUUGGUUACGGAACUGUCCAAGGUUAUACGGGAUGAAUCGAAGCAGUGGGAAGUGGUGAUACAGGUUCCCGUUGACAUAUCCCGUAUGGCUGUCGGUUAUCAUCAGGAGGAGUUGUGUGCGGCGGCCGAUUUCGUACACAUGGUCGGGUAUGAUCUGCGCGGCUGGUGGAACAACUUUGCCGAUGUACACAGUCCGCUAGCACCGAGACCGAACGAUCUAGUGAUGGAAAGCUUCGAGCAUGUGAACGUAGGCGACGGUGUGGACGAUUGGCUUUCGAAGGGUUGUCCCCCGCAAAAGGUUACGCUUGGAGUUGCCCUCUUUGGACGAACGUAUAUGCUGGAUGAUCCUCUGGAUAAUACUAUCGGUGCAGUUACGAUCGGAGCGGGUGAUCCUGGCCCAUACAGCAACGAACCAGGAUAUCUGGGAUAUUGUGAGUUUUGUCAAAACCUAACCAGCAACGAAUGGACAAAAAAGUGGGACGAUGUGGGACUCUGCCCAUACGCCUACACCGAAACGACAUGGAUCGGUUACGAGGAUGAACGAUCACUGCAGGAAAAGAUCAACUACGUGAAGCGAAAGGGUCUCGGUGGGUUGUUUGCAUUCUCGCUCGAUUUGGACGAUUACAGAGGAUCCUGCGGUGAACCGUUUGCGCUCACCAGAUUUCUCUCCAAGUAUCACGACGAGACGAAGAUAAAAGAUUGGCACAUUUUUGUUUCAACCACUGAGAAAAAGGAAAUAAAAACAACUGGCUCGAAAUAAGGUGAGACGGUACGGUAGAAUACGCUGCACAUAGCAAAUGUACUUAGGAUGAGAUUUUACAAAUAAAAUAAUAUACCUGACACUUUA